AUGUUAGGCCGGCUACUGCUAACUAUCGAUGCCCUCGGCAUGUGCUUUGGCACCAUUGCGGCCGAUUGCCUUAAUGAGACACACAUGUUUAAUCCACGGUGGCGGCCGCAUGCUAAAUUCCAUAACGCUCAGACGGUCUUUCUCGCCAUAAUUUUGUCCGGGCUGACGCUCUACUAUACAUGGCGACGAGCAAAGACGCCUGAGCUGCGCCGCGAAUUCAUCUUCAUCAGCGCCAUCACGGGGUCUAUCUAUUGGAUCGCGGGACUCCUCAGCAUCUUGCCUCCCGGUACCAUGGGCGUUGACCCCGAGUUUGGCGGCCCGGGCUUCCCCCAGAGCAAGGUGUUCGUUGCCUUUAUGGCCACUGGUCUGCUUGGUGCUUGGAUGGAGUAUAUCUGA